AUCAUGUCAGGCUCUCCUAGCCCUCUAACCACUCACGUGUUGAACACGGCCCUGGGUGUCCCAGGCUCAAACGUGAACCUCAAGCUUUUUCAACAAGAUCCUUCAACCAGUGCCUGGCACUUGAUAACCACAGGGACAACAAAUAAGGAUGGGCGAUGUCCCGGGCUGAUCACACAGCAGCAGUUCAAAUCUGGUGUGUACAAAUUGCAUUUUGAGACCAGUCAGUACUGGGCCAGUAUGGGACAGGCAUCCUUCUAUCCCUAUGUGGAGAUUGUUUUCACUGUGACUGACCCGGACCAGAUGUACCAUGUCCCUUUGCUGCUGAGUCGUUUCUCCUACAGCACCUAUAGAGGGAGCUAGAGAGCCACUAUCCUAAACUUUAUCAUUGCAUUAAGAGCGACUAUUCCAGAUGUAUUUGUUUAUCUUGCUUAAACAAAGUAAAAAUACAAUAAAAAAAAAUUCUCUAACAGAUUCAACGGUAUGAUGAAGUAUUGUAAUCGAGCG